AUUAUCCAACAUUUCCUUAUCUUAUCGGAGUUUUUAAGUGCAAAGCUUCCAAAGCUCUUGGGCCUUUAUUUUCUUUCUUCAUAAUAAAAACAAGAAAAAGGAGAAGGAAAAAAACGAGCCAAUUAGGCUUCAGAAAUAACUUUGGUUCUCCAUGGACUGAAAUGAAGAGUCUUGAUGGUCUACGGUGGACGUUAAAGUCUACAAGGCCGCUGCUCUAUGCAUCUUCUUCCUACAUCAUAGCAACAGCUCAGGGAACUCUGAAGAGUUCCGGACAAGCGGGUCUUCCAAGAUGGUUACAUUCUAGCAAGAUCUUUGAGUGGCCAGUGAAGCCCUCAAGUCCUACACAACAUGUGCUAUCACAACCUAUGCGUUCUCUAAUGCGCCAAAUCCCGCAUCCCGUAGUCGUUAUUACGACCCUAGAGAAUGCGCAUAGUAUAGCCGAUCUCAGAGAUGGAUCGAAAGACCAGCUUCCACCCCCAGUACCCAGGGCUAUGACUGUGUCGUCCUUCACCUCAUUAUCUAUCGAUCCAGUACCGCGGGUCACCUUCAAUGUUUCUCUACCGAGCACAACCUACCAAGCUCUUAUGAAAUGCGGGAGGUUCAAUGCUCAUAUACUCAGUAGCGAUGAUCAUGGAGCUAGGAUCGCGGAUCUAUUCACCCGAGGCAACAGGCCUCCAGCAGCCGAGGAGACAACCAGAGACUUAGGUGAACCAGACUUAGGUGUUCUCGCUGGUCUAGAGAAGCUCGGUGUUCGGGUCCAAGGACGGGAUAUAUGGCAACGAGAAUGGGAACAAGCUAAAAUAUAUAAGAAACAAGUUGCCGCUACAGGAGGUACGGCUCAAACCGUCUCAGAUGUCGACUUACCGCCGUCAGGCACCUUGCCGGUAUUACAGGGCCAAGGCGUCAUGCAUGUGCUAAAGUGCGAAUACCGUCAUCUAUCGCCUCCCGUAGAAGGCGAUUUCGACCAUCAUGCCAUUGUCAUCGGCGAGGUCGUGGAUAUAAUAUCUGGAGAAUCUGAAGGCGAGAAUAGCAUCGCGCUCGCGUAUGCCGAUAGGGCAUACCGUCGGAUAGGACAGAAGCUGUUAGACAGACCUACACCCGACCAAGAAAAUCCCCUGGGAAAGAAGAGAUGAUGACAAUUCGAUACAUCUACAGGAAAUUCAAGUGUUCGAGGAAGGGGUGCACUUAGGUAGCGAGGUAAUGGAACAUGUAUAUAUGGCUUCUAGAGUUCUUGAUUUGCAUUAGAGAAAGCGAAAUAUACACCCCCCAGGUAUGCGUUUUUUAUACCAUGAUCACUACCUAGGUACACAGGCCCAUAUAGGAGACAUGAUUCCAGCUCUAUUCACCGCAGGAAUAGA